GACAGCGCGAAUUGCCCCGGUACAUGUCGCCCAACGCGCAGUACAUCACCAACCUGUCGCGGUCGGGCCCGCGGAUGGUUCCACAGUACUACAGAACGCUGCCCACCCGAACGUCCAAGACGUCGCAGAAACUCGUGCUGAUUCCAGACCACGACCAGGUGCCGUACUCUGUUGACGGUGACGAAGCGUCGCUGCUUCGCGGCCAGGACGUUGGCGAGGAGACCACUACAGACAACAUUUUCAACAGCAGCCACGUGCGGACGCGCGCAGAAAAACUGUCCAAGGAGCAAAGAGCCAACGUUUAUCCCCGGGUGACAGCAUACCUGAUUGCAGAAGGGUUCAAUCUCAAGCUCACGAGCAAGUUCCUGUCAAAACACCACAUGGUGUCGCCACGGAUGUACGACGAGGCGCUGUAUGUGGCGUAUUCGUUGCCUCUUUUGCCAGGAGAAAACGGCUACCGUGUGCAGUCCAACAACUCGGCCAAGAUGCAGCACGGAAACCAGCUGAUGGAGAAUUUCAUCGACAAGUCGGAGCAGCGCGACCACCACUACGAGUUCUACUCGGGCCAGGACGGCGAUGUGGACAGUGUGAGCUCGCCAAAGAUGAGUCCUGCCGGGAGCCUUGUGGACGAGGAGCUGUCUGCGCCACAGCACAAUAGCGAGUUCGACCCAUCGGAGCCGCAGUUUUUUGUGAGCACAAGCCCAACCGACAGCAUGCUAGAGGAGGAGGAGGUACGGGACAGCGACAGCAGCCCAGGCGAGCGGAAGCGGGAGGACGAGGCUGCGGUGGAGGCUAGCUCGGCCAUCGAUGACACCGAGAGCGAUGCCGGGCCGGGCGCAGGCGUCGAGAAAAGACGCUCGUCGUCGGGCUCGAACAAGAAGAAAUCGUACUCGCAUCUGCCGGACCUGACUAAACACGCAGAAAUGUUCAUUCUGGACUAUGGCGUGGUGGUGUUCUGGAACUUUUCCGAGAUCCACGAGAAGAACAUCUUGGCAGACCUGGUGUUCGCCAAGAUCCAGCCUGGCGAGUUCGAUCUGGACGACGACGACGAUGACGACCAUGUCCUCUCUAAUUACUUGGCAGCUAGCACCAGCCGUGAGGACCCGUCUUGUGCCCCUCCGCAGGCGCUCACGUUCAUCGUAAAGCCGGUGCCAGAACACGACAUUGAGACGGAAGAGUUCCAGUUCGAGUACAUCAGCGACAUUCCAACGCCGCGCAUCUACAACGACAUGAUCACGCUCAAGUCGGGCGACCAUCUGAUCAAGCUCACCAUUUCCCACGCAAUUGCACAAUCCACCAAACUGUCCAUGUUUGAGAGCAAGAUGAGCAACAUCCUCAACUCGAUUUCGCGGCUGCCAAAGGCGCUAGCGCUAACGGGCAAGCUCCAGAACUACACGCGGCAGAAACUGCUCAUCAAGACAGGUAAACUGUUUCAGCUGCGCAACGAGGUCAACCUCUCGUCUAACGUUCUGGACAAGCCGGAAUACUUCUGGACAAUCGAGCCCGGCCUUGACCCGCUCUACUCGGCCAUCCGCGAGUACCUCGAGAUCGACCAGCGGGUCGAGGUGAUCAACGACCGGUGCAAGGUGUUCCUCGACUUCUUCGACAUCGUGGCCGACUCGCUGGCAGAGCGUACGAUGACGAAGAUUACCAUGAUUCUGAUCAUAGCGAUCGGCCUCAGCGUCCUGGUGUCUAUGAUAGAGAUCCUGAUUCGCUACCUCAUCAUACAUAGGUUGGAGUAGUCAUUAAU